UCUCCUCUAGGUACGCUUCGAAGCAGGCCAGCCGGAGUUCAAAAGCGUUUCCAGCUAGAGGCAUUUGCAGAUCGAGGUCUAAUUUGUCUGGUUUCAGUGUGUGUCCAUGCUUUAAAAUGUACAGCGAAUAAAAUUGAAGCACCUUCACUAACUCCAAAAGACUGAGGUUUGGUAAAAUACUGAAAGGCUUUUAUUCGUUGUACAAUACGACCCCCAUGCCGAGUGUCUGCCCUCGGACUGAGGGGGCUGGGCAAGGCAAAACACCUUUAUACAGGAAUCUGUGGGAGGAGCCACAGGAGCAGUCAGCAGAGGGGCCUGUCCAGUUAGCCCGGUUACAACAUAUAUAUGGUUUACUACACGGAUUCAGCUAAUAUGCUUGAAUAAUGUCUGCCCCAAAAGGUGGCUAUGCUGGUUGUAUGUAAUGUUCAUGACUUUAUUGAUGGUGUUUUGACUUUAGGCCUAGGCAGUAGUGACAGAAUUUAAACCCAGGGUUUAAAUGAAGCUGAUAUUUUAUUGAACAAUAAGGAUAUUGGCAUUAGGAAGCAACUUACUCUGCAUCGUGCUGUUGCUUUCACUACCUCAAUACACUGAUGUGAUUAAAUGAUUCGUAUGGAAGGCAUCCAAAAGAGAGAUUGUUUAUAGGCAGCUACACAUCCCACCUCCCCAAGAUAGAUGACCCAUUUAAACUGAAAGCAUUGACAACUGGGGCAAUGACCAUUCUUAGUUCUUCCCCUUUGUAAUCAGUUUCUUUAACCAAUCUCAAAAUCGCUAAUUAUACUUUAGACUAUAUUCUGCACUGUCAUUUUAAUAUCUUAGUUGUCAUGAAGUUUAGCAAAUUUAUGACGAUUCUGAUCAGCUUCUUUUAUUUGUUCAGCCUGAAUAUUUUUUGUCUUGUAAAAAUUAUAUGUAACUUACCUUUUGAUUUUUUUUCUUGCUCAAGUGCUGCCUAUCUGAUACCAUGUGCUGUGAUGCUGCUGCAAGUCUCAUUGUAUCUGAGCACACAUGUACUUGUGCAUAUGACAAUAAACUCCACUUUGACCUUGAGAUUCCGGAUGCCAGUCUUGCAAGUUUCUGAACUGGAAGCCCACAUUCCUCUUCUGUUAUUAAGAAAUACAAGUGGUUUUAGAGGCUAUAGUUGGCAUUCUUCUUUCCGUCAGAUUUGCUGGAGUCAUGUCUGAGGAGUCUACUGCCGAGAAUGUGAGGCAUGUCUGUCAGAGAAGAUGCUUCUACUCUGUUUCCAUUUAGGAAAGGCCACAAUGCCUGAUGAAGCAGGGAUUUGGACAAGCUGCCCUUUUCAAGGGCUGGGGCCAAGGCAAAGAAACAAGAACCAGCAGAAAAACAGUACCAGGUGAAAACAGAACAAUGGAGACCGCCUGCAGCGUCAGCCAUCCGAAUCCUUGUGGACAUCAAGCCGUUCAGUGUUCCAACCCGACUAGUCAAAACAGUUGCAUGGAUCUGGAAAGCAGUAAAAAAGUUCACGGACAAAAUCAAGCCGUGGACAGUCCAAAGUGGGAGGCAGUUUCUUUGGCAGGAGUCAUCUCAGUAAGGGAAUGAGAAGAUGCUCUAAAAGGCAUUUUUCUAGCAGCACAAGAGGGCGAACCUUCCCAAGCACCACUACAGACAGGCUGGUAGUCCACAAAAACCAAGACUCUGGGCUGUUGGUUUACGGUGGCUGAGUGCAAAUCUUCAAAGACGAUCAAGUUGCUGUUCCCAUCUUGCCCAAUGAUGCCUGGGUGGCCACACUGUUAACUCGGGAGGCCCACAAUGAGAGUCAUGAUGGAGUGGCCGGAACCUUGCUGAAGAUGAGAAGAAAGGUGUGGGUCAAAAGGGGAAGGAAAACUGCCCAGAAAGUUGUCGAUGGCUGCAUGUUCUUCAGGAAGGCAAAAGCAAGGAAAUGUCAACAAGUAAUGGGUGACUUGCCGCCAGAAAGAACUGAACCUGCUGCACUGUUCCAGUUCACAAAGGUGGACCUCUUCAGAACCUACCAAGUAAACGAUGACAUCAAGAAAAGAGUAACAUUGAAAGUCUGGGGAGUGAUCUUUUCCUGCAUGGUGAGCAGAGCCAUCCACGCAGAGUUGAUAAACACCCUAUCAACCGAAGGAUUCCUGAUGGCCUAUCAAUGGUUCACAGCAAUCAGGGGACAUCCAAGAAAGAUCUGGUCAGAUCCAGGCACCAAUUCCAUUGGAACAAAACCAGUCUUGGAGGAGCUGUACAAGUUCUUGGAUGGCCUGAACGAAGCAGCCCUGCAGGAGAUCGCGGCAAAAAAUGGAACGGAGUGGAUGUGGAAAAUCCAUCCUCCUGAUUCUCCACACAGGAAUGGUGCUGCAGAAGCCGCUGUACACAUUGUGAAGAGAGCACUCCAGAGUCUUGGGAAGGAGUCUGGAAUCUGUUACAGCGAGUUCCAGACAACUCUUCACAUAGCAGCCAACCUUGCCAAUGAGUGCCCAACUGAUGCCAGGGUACACAGCCAGGAAGACUGUAUUCAGUAUGUCACACCCAAAACUCUUCAACUCGGUCGAGCAUCUCAAAGCGGGGAUUUCAAAACCUUUGACUUUUCCAGCUACCCCUACAAAAGUCUCUGAGCAAUGCAAUCAGAGGUGACCAGGUUCUGGGGGUGCUGGAGCCAACUCGCUAGUCCUAAUUUGUUUGUCAGGAGCAAGUGGCAUACUGCACAGAGAAACGUCACUGUUGAUGACAUCGUCUGGUUAAGCGACCAAAAUGCACUGAGAGGACAUUUCAAGCUUGGCAGAGUCGUCAAUUACUAAUCCAGACAGCCAAGGCAUGGUGAGGGACGUCAACGUCAGGAUCUUCCCAAGCUACAGUGUUCCUGUGACAAAAGUUCUGAAAGUAACAACCAGGCAUCCGAUCUCUGAUGGGAAAAAAGAAAGGAUCCAAGCCACCAUCCUUCACAGGGACGUCAGGCGGCUGGUUGUCUUACUACCUGCUGAGGAACAGAUGAAAAGUCAAGUCAACAAUACAUCGUAAGAACACUGAACUGGGACCACCAAGUUUGCCUUUGAAGCUGGCGAUCUCCCCAGUGUUUCCAUGGGAAGAUCGAGUAGGAGGUGUCAAGUCAAACUAGAGUUUCUAGAAAGUAUUGCGACCUAGAAGCAAAAGAAAAUAAGAUUUAAAAGUGAUAGCAAGAAUCCACUGAUAGACCAGAUGGAACCCACUGCCUGAGUGCUGCUUCUGCCCGGAACAUUGGGGGUACCCUGCAGCAUCACAGCGGCAGCCCGGGAGCAGCGGUGGAGUCUGCGGUAAGAUGAUGAACUUUAAAUAACUUGAGAGACUGUUUCAUGGAAAAGAGCAGUGCCGUCACUGCGUUUUGGGUUAGCGCUAGCUUCACAUCACGGGAUCAUCGCGCACAGGCGCUUCGGGGAAAUGGCGUGAGGUUUAAGAAGAGCUCAGGUCGCCCGGUUUGGAGUGGAGACUGUGCAGGUUGGAAUCCGUCUCCAACGUCCGGAGAGGCAGCCAGUUUUUUCACCUAAUGACUAAUGUCAAAUGGCGAAUGGUUGAUGGUACCAAUGGAACUAUCAAACUGCCGCACUUGCAAAAAAAUAAAAGGAGGAAAAAGGAAAAGUUGUUUGGUCAUUGAAUGGAAUCCAGUUAAAAAACCUUCGGGUAGACACAUUCAAUCUCUUUCAAGUGGGGAAGCUGCACAUGUUCAAAGAAG